UGAUGGCUGAGGAUCUAGGCGUGGAGGCGAAGGAGGUGGCGGUGCGGGAGGUGGCGAAACUGCUGUCGCUGCCGGAGCAUUUGCUGUCCAUCGCUUCGAUCAAAGCUGAUUACAUUUCGCGCCAACAGGUUGUGGAGCUUCGAAAUUGAAGUUGAGGAAGCCAAACGAGUUCUUUUUUUAUUUGGUUAUUGACUUAUUGAGGAUGUGAAGUUUCGAAUUUUGAUGGAAUACUUGGGGAGACUUCUUUGUUAGUAGUACUAUUUAUAUUGCCAUUGCAUUGCAUUGUUCGAUGAAUACGAAUUAUGAUCACGCAUCUUGGGUUGUUUUGCACCAUUAACAGUUAUCUUAUUGAAGGAAAGCACGCUGUGGAUGUUGAGUAUUUCGUUUAUCUUAUCUUAGUUUGUUGUAAGUGACAACUUUUUGGAUAAAUGAGCUUUUAAAAGGUUUUGGUGAGUUUCUGGCUGCUUGGUGUUUGAUCGGGAUAUUGAUGCUGGUGUGUUUUUGGGUUAAUUUGAUUAUAAGUUUGAGGUUGUGUGUUUUCCUUAUGGCACAUUUGUGAUGCUGGACGAGGAUUUAGAAAUUUACUCAGACGCGGUUAUUGUAGUUCAGGUACGUAUGACUGUACGGAUUUGUUCAGAACUAACCUCUGCUGGUAUAUGUUUGUAGCUUAAAUUUAGCAUUUAAAAUGUGAUAGUGAACCGCGUCAAAUUCAGGCAAGGUAUUUGUAGAGGUACAAGGGAGGAAUUUGGGGUCCCUUCAGGUGUAAUGUAGUUCAAGAUAUUUUAUUUUCUAUAUCUAAAUAAGUUGACAAGGAAUAGACUCUUCCUUUUUUGAUUUUUGUUCUUAUUUCUUCCUCUUAAGUCUUAAGUUCUUAACUAUAGCUUUAUAGUUUAUAAUAAAACUAACUUUCCGUCCACUCUCAUUUUAUGCUUACUGCUUAAAAUUAAUUAGAUUCUAUGCUGAUACUGUGUUCAGCCUUCAGCUUUUAUGACUGUUUAAAGAAUUAGAAAGCCAGCUUGAUCAUAAUUCAUAAGAUAUUUUAGUCGGUUGCUCCAGCUUGGAACUCGGUCUCCCUGCUUUUAGUCUCUACUCUCUAUGAAGAUCAAAUGGCCUUGUUUGCCCUGAUGAGCAACACAAUCUUGUUUAAGACCUCAAUCAUGUCUAGCAAUCUGCACCCUUGUUCACUUUAGUCUGCGUGUGAUUGUCACUGCUUUAUCCAACAAGAGUUUCUCAGAGAGGUUUAUUUUAUAUAUAUAUUGCAUUGUGCUUCUUUUCUGAAUCAUUAGAAGUUAAGAAAUUCGUUAGUUAGUUUCUGUUUGUUCUCGUUUCUUUUCAUUAUUUCUAGCUUGCGUUAAAAUGAAGAUUAAUCCUGCACACGGUGAUGGACAUUUCUGUAUGGUUUGGUUUCAGGCAAAUGAUGCACAACUCAGUACAAUGGUUGUCGAACAGGUUGAGCAGGCACAAGAAGGUCUUGAGUCACUGUCCUUGUCUGAGACAACAAUAAGUCAUCUCAAAGAUAAUUUUGUUGAGAUUGAAAAGUUAUGUCAAGAAUGCCAAACAUUGAUUGAUAAUCAUGACCAAAUAAAGCUCCUCAGUAAUGCAAGGAAUAACCUAAACACCACUCUGAAGGAUGUUGAGGGUAUGAUGUCAAUCUCUAUUGAGGCUUCUGAGGCACGUGAUUCUUUAAGUGAUGACAAAGAACUUAUCAAUACCUACGAGAGGUUAACUGCUCUGGAUGGAAAACGAAGGUUCGCAUUAGCUGCUGCAUCAUCUCAUGAAGAUGAGAUUGGUCGGCUGAGGGAGUACUUUGAAGAUAUAGAUCGUACAUGGGAGACAUUUGAGAAGACUUUGUGGGGUCAUAUUUGCAACUUCUUUCAACUUGCUAAAGACAGCCCACAAACACUUGUUCGUGCACUGAGGGUUGUUGAAAUGCAAGAAACCCUGGAUCAACAGCUAGCUACAGAAGCAGCUGAGGCAGAAGGAGAUGGUGCAUUGGAAUCUAUUUCUAAUCCUCGCAGAAAUGCCAAGAAUCUUGGGCAGAAGAAGUUGAAAGUUCAAGGCAAAGGCUACAAGGAUAAAUGUUAUGAGGAAAUAAAAAAGUCUGUUGAAUCGCGUUUUAACCGAUUGCUCUCUGAGUUUGAAAUUCAGGACCUAAAAGGAGCUUUAGAGGAGGCUAAAAAGAUUGGUGAAGAGCUUGGAGAUAUUUAUGACUAUGUUGCUCCAUGCUUUCCCCCAAGAUAUGAAAUAUUCCAGCUCAUGGUGAACCUAUACACAGAGCGGUUUAUUCACUGGCUACGACUACUGAGUGAUAGAGCUAAUGAUCUGUCAACUAUGGAUAUUCUAAAGGUAACUGGAUGGGUAGUUGAGUACCAAGAUAAUCUAAUUGGACUAGGUGUUGACGACUCUCUAGCUCAAGUUUGUUCUGAAAGUGGUGCAAUGGACCCCCUUAUGAAUGCUUAUGUUGAACGAAUGCAAGCCACAACAAGGAAAUGGUACUUGAAUAUACUUGAUGCUGAUAAGGUCCAGCCACCAAAGAAAACAGACGAUGGGAAGCUUUACACCCCAGCUGCUGUUGAUUUCUUUCGCAUUCUUGGAGAGCAAGUACAAAUUGUACGAGAUAAUAGCACGGAUGUCAUGUUAUACAGAAUUGCUUUGGCCAUCAUUCAGGUCAUGAUUGAUUUUCAAGGAGCUGAAAGGAAGACAUUGGAAGAACCGGCUUCUGAAAUUGGUUUAGAAGCUUUAUGUGCAAUGAUUAAUAACAACCUUCGGUGCUAUGAUCUUGCCAUGGAGCUGAGCUCGAGCACCCUUGAAGCUCUCCCUCAAAAUUAUGCAGAGCAGGUUAAUUUUGAGGACACUUGCAAAGGCUUCCUGGAGGUUGCAAAGGAAGCUGUUCAUGAAACUGUCAGUGUCAUUUUUGAAGAUCCAGGAGUUCAGGAGUUGCUUAUAAAGCUAUAUCAGAAAGAUUGGCUGGAAGGACAAGUAACUGAGUACCUAGUUGCAACGUUUGGUGAUUACUUUACAGAUGUCAAAAUGUACAUUGAAGAAAGAUCAUUUAGGCGAUUUGUUGAGGCCUGCCUGGAAGAAACAAUUGUUGUCUACGUCGACCAUAUGCUUGUACAGAAAAAUUACAUUAAAGAAGAGACCAUCGAAAGGAUGAAACUUGACGAAGAUGUUCUCAUGGACUUUUUCCGCGAGUAUAUUAGUAUUUCUAAAGUCGAAAAUAGAGUAAGGGUUCUGGUUGACUUGAGAGAACUUGCUUCAGCAGAGAGCCCGGAUUCUUUCACGCUCGUGUACACAAACAUCCUUGAACAUCAACCAGACUGUCCACCAGAAGUGGUCGACAAGUUGGUGAGCCUACGAGAAGGCAUACCAAGGAAAGACGCGAAGGAGGUUGUUCAAGAGUGCAGAGAAAUCUAUGAAAACUCUCUCGUUGAUGGCAAUCCUCCAAAGGCGGGCUUUGUCUUCCCCAAACUGAAGGCCCUGUCGGCUUCCAGAGGCCGUCUAUGGCGAAAGCUCACCUAGUUCCGUUAUCAGUUUUUCCAUGUCACGAGCCGAGCAGUUAUCCUGCAACCUUCUUCCAACCUUACCUGUUUAUAUAUGAGUGUAUCUAUUGAUUUAUUAUAUAUGUUGUAUUAUUUUCAGCAACGCUUGUAGUAACAAGAUUGGAUUUCGUGGAAUGAUUCGUUUGUGUUGGCUAUUCUUCAAGGUAAUGUUAGAACAUAUAUUUUGAAAA